UAAAUACUUCAAUGUUCAUUAACGUUUAAACAUUUGAUCUAAAUAUAUUCAAUAAUAGAAUGCAUAGUUGUUUAACACUUGUAGAUUAUACAUGGAAAGAUAGUGAAGAAAGUGGUACAUCAUCACCAAAAUAUACAAAUAAUAAUGAUCAUAUUUAUCGUCUACGACGUACAGCUAGAUCAUUAGAUGGUGAUACAACAAUGAAUUCAUCAUUAAAUCAAAAUAAUCAUACAAUACAAUUAACAGAAAUUAAUAGACAUUUAAAUGAUAGAUUAAAUCAUUCAUUUAUACAAAUGACAAAUAGGAAUUCAACCCAUCAUCAACAUCAUAGUUCUAUGCUUUUAUUGAAUAAUAGACGAUUACCAAUUUAUGCUACAACUAAACGAUUACUUAAAAGACCAGAUCAUAUAUGGGUACCAGUAGGACAUUGUCGUUAUUUAUUAGAAAGAGAUUUACAUACAGGUGAAAUACAAUGGAAUCCUGAAGGUAAUGAAAUUAUCUGUACUCCUAGAAGUUUGGCAGAAAUUUGUAUGGCACGUUUAAUUCGUGAUUGGCCAUGUAUGCUACCUACUCGACGUUCAUCAUUACGUAAUAUAGUUAGUUACUUAUUUAGUUCUCGUGAUCUACAAUCAAAUCCUACACAAAAUUUUCCUACUUCAUCGACUACAUCAACAGAAACAUCAAAUUCAGCAUCAAGACGAUCAGCAAGUGUAUCAUCACGUGAACCUCUAUGUAAAACUGAUCGUUGUAAAUCUCGGAAUAGAAAACUUAAACAAAAACAUUCAUUAAAUAAUAAUCAUGAUGAUGAUGAUGAUAAUGAUAGUUAUGAUGGUGAUAAUAAUAAUAAUAAGGAUAUACAUAAAACUAAUAAUCAUUGUACAAAUACACCUCCAUUAACAUGUCAUGAUCUACCAGUUACUGUAUUAAUUAAUUUAUUAUCUGAAGCAAUAUUACAAAGAGAUUGUUCAGCAAUAACUGGUAUCAUAGCAAAUUGGCCAUGUGAACAAUUAAUUAUAAAACAAUUAAUACCAAAUGAAGAAUAUCCACUUAGUUUAAAUUAUAUGACUAAACCAACAUUUGUAUUAGUAAGCCCUGAAAAUGAAUAUGGUAAUCGUAAUACAUUAGUUAAAGGACCAAGUUUAUUAGAUGGAUUUAUAUUAGGCUUUUUAACAAGACAAUCAGGUUGUAAAUUAAAAUCAGUUGAUUUUACUGGAUUUGAAGAAGAUUGUCGUGUAAGUAUUGAAUUGUCUCGAUUGCCUAUUUUAUGGAUGAAACCAGAAAAUCGUAAUUCUGAAAGUGUACGUAGACAUUUAAUGGCUAGUUUACAUAUUGGUAUACCAAGAAAACGUCUUGAAGCUUAUUUUUCUAGAAUAUCUACUAUUUAUGCAUUUCAUGAAGCUGAUAUUGGACAUGGGAAACAAUUUGAUACAGUUACUAUUCAUUUAGAUUGUAAUAUGACAGUAGAUGAAGUUGCACUUGGUUUAUCAUUGCAAACAUUAACACCAUUUCGAUUUUCAUGUAAUCGUUUAUUAUUACAACGAUUACCGGAAAUUAAUUUUCCACCAUAUAGUUUAAUAAGAUUAUUUGAUCCAUUAUCAAUUACACAAUUCGAAUUGGAAGAUCCUACAAUUGGAAGUAGUAUAGCUGUUGUUCUGCCAUCUGCUGUUGGUUGGUUAAUUAGUUUACGUAAUUUGAGAGCUUGUUCACUACCGUCCUGUAUACCUCCACCUCCGGAUGUUGUGCCGAAUACACCGACCCCACCGACAUUGCCACCAACUAUUGUAGUAUCGAAUACGGGCAGUUUACAAUCAAACUCAUCUCAACAAUCAAAUACUGUGUCAUUGUCCUCUUCUUCUGGAUCCUCCUCCUCAUCGUCUUCUUCUUCUACUUCCAACACUAACAAUGCAAGUGGUGCUAACAGUAGUAACAAUAACAACACUAGUACUUCUUCUACAAUGCCUUCAACUACAAUAACAAAUAAUACAUUGCAAAAUUCUACUACACCAGCAUUCACUUCAACAGUUGCUGCAUGUCGACUAUUAAACCGAGCACUUGUAUCAUUAAGAUAUUUACAAAGACUUGGACUAGCAAGAUGUCAUUUAACUGGACAAUUAAAAACUUUACUUGGUGGUUUAAGUCAACCUUUGGAGUAUUUAAAUUUACAGGAUUGUUGUCUUUCAUCUGAAGAUAUUCAUUAUUUAGUACAUCAAUGGCGUCCAUUACAUGGUUUAUAUGAAUUAAAUCUUUCACGUAAUAAUUUAUCAGUUGUACCAGAAGAAACACUAUAUGAACUUGUACAAAAUGUUUGUCUUAAACCAAGAGGUCGAUUAGUUUGUCUAUCAAUAGCUUAUACAUGUUUAUCAAUUGAACGAUUAAUUGAUUUACUCAGUCUAAUGGCUGGAAUGGAUCCUUCACAUAGUUUCAAUGAAAAUCUAGAACAAGAUAAUAUCGAUACAAACUAUAGUGAUAAAUGGAUUGAUAAUAUAUGUACAUUACGUGUAUUAUGUAUUCAAUCAUUUAUUCCACCAACACAAUUACAAAUUCAUCGUAUAUUAUAUAGAAUAAUACGUUUACCAAAAUUACAUAAAUUACAUAUAUUUCCAGCAUUUUAUGCAUUCCUUGGAGAUACAGAAAUACAACAACGUGAACAACGUUAUAAUCAAUUAAUACAUAGUCGUAAUUAUUUAAAACAAAAAUGUCGAUCAGAUAUUGAAUUAUUAUAAAUUAUAAUUUUUCUUUCUUUUUUCCUUUUUUUCUUUCUUUUUUUCUUUUUUUCCUUUUUUCUUUUUUUCUUCCCAAUUAUGAUUUCUUAAUGAGAAACAAUUGUGAUCACCUAAUUCAUUAUGUAAAUGAAAUGAGAUAAGAAACUAGGAAUUAGUUACUAACCAUCAGUCAUGGUGAGGGGGGAGUACCACCCUUAUCAUCAUCAUCAUUAUCGUUUGUUUGUUUGUUUUUUUUGUAUAUCUUUUAAUGAGAAAAAACUUUUUAAAAGUGAUACACAUUGAGUUUCUUUUUUUUUGGUUUUUUUAUGAAGAAAAAAACACAAAAACAUUUCUAUGUGAAAAUAUUUUUGUUUGUUUGUUUUGUUUUGGUUUCAUUUCAUUUCAGUAUAAGAAUAAAAUAAAUUUUAUGCAUCAUUCA